AUGGAAUGUGAAUAUGUUUCUGAAGAUGAAUCUAUGGAGUAUGCGGUACUUUGGCCCACUUAUUAUCUUCUAGGUGCAGGUGCCUAUCGUGGACUCUCCUUGUUGAGGUUUCAGUGGCAGAACACAAGUUCGAAACGAGACGCUACUCUUCACAUAUUUAGCCUUUGUCUCCUGUCGUCACUCAUUAUGCAGUUUCAAAGUUUGAUUGCCGUCUCCCUAAGUCUCGGUUUCACUCUCUUCGCAGUCUCGCUUCCGCUAUCGCCCAAGCCAUCUAUUCAUUCCCCUACUGAGCGAAGACCAAUCACAUAUUCAGUGGUUCAAGUGGACGGUGGCUCGACCACAACUGAUAGUGGCUCUCCGAAUGUCAUUACGGUGCCUAUACCGGCCCCUCCCGUUACGGAGACCCUAAUCUCCACCGUGACCAUAUAUCCAUCGUCGUCGAGUGGUGUAACGAUGACGAGAUCCUCCAGCCUCUCCACAGCUACGAAGACAACGUCGAAAGCAGAACCGACAACCUCAAAGAGCCCAAAGAUAACAGAGACGGCCUCCUCGUCAACCCCAAAUAGCACCUCUUCACCAAAGUCUAACGUUCCACCUUCCAAUGCUUACACCUCUUCCUUCGAUAUGAAUAUGUUACCGGCGACCAAUAUGGAUGUUUGCUAG